GGGACCCCAUUUCUGUGCUCAUCUGCCUCCUUGGGAAUAUAAAGAGCAAGCACUGAGGCCCCGCCUCAGAGCACCCCAAACUUGAUGCCAUGAAGAUCCCGGUCCUUCCUGCCGUGGUGCUUCUGUCCCUCCUGGUGCUCCAUGCUGCCCAGGGAGCCACCCUGGGUGGUCCUGAGGAGGAAAGCACCAUUGAGAAUUAUGCGUCACGACCUGAGGCCUUUAACACCCCGUUCCUGAACAUCGACAAGUUGCGAUCUGCUUUUAAGGCUGAUGAGUUCCUGAACUGGCAUGCCCUCUUUGAGUCUAUCAAAAGGAAACUUCCUUUCCUCAACUGGGAUGCCUUUCCUAAGCUGAAAGGACUGAGGAGCGCAACUCCUGAUGCCCAGUGACCAUGACUUCCACUGGGAGAGGGGGCGAGCGUGAGCGCUGAUUCUCAACCUACCAUAACCCUUUCCUGGCUCAGGAACGCCAAUAAAAUGUUUUCCAUCCAACA